UUUCUUUAACUCGCUGCCGCCCGCCACCUCCGCCACCGCGCAACACCCAUGACGCCAUCUUCGCGCGCCGCUUUGCUCAAUUUUUUGCACAGUCACGCCCACUUGAUAUUGUAUAGUUAUAGCCGAGGACGAUGGAUCCGAUAACUUGUAUUCAUCCAUUGACAUUGUCACAACUAGGUGACACGUGGAAUGUUUAAAACAACGCGAGCAAAUAGUUUCUUCAGUUGGUGUAACAUUGACUCAUGCUUUCGUUCCUAGCGGAUGCGCUGCGGCGUAAAAAAUACACACUAAAAUAUUUUACUCGCGAUUAAUUAAUGUUUUGUUUAUCAUUUGUAUCUAAAUGCGCGGCUUUAGUGAUAUUGUUUUAUUUCUACGUUUUCAUAUCUUGCCGAUGAUGUAUGAUACAUUAUUUAUAUAAAUUCUAAAAUUCUUAGUAAUAUAAUAUCGUAGUUCCGUCGUUCGUAAAAUACUUUCUAUCUCUAUUUUCUUUACGUGGGUGUUGUGGAAAAAAAAUGUAUAACGAAUAAUUACUGAUUAGUCUAAAUCCAGAUAUUUGGACCAACAACAUCAUGUGCUUGAUUUUAUUUUAAACAAAAACAUCAUUAACAUGUCCAUAAUAAAGGUGGCGUUGUUUCGGAUACAAAUGCGUCACAGGUAAGCUUGUUCACAAAAUAUUGUAUCAUUUCGAUUUUCUUCUACGCAGCUUUAUUAUUGUCUACUUCCAAAUCUGUUUUGAAGAAUGAAUCAUUGAGGAACCUUAAUGUUAUCUAUAUACUGAAAGUUUUGUCGAGAAUCAAGAGAGAACAUAAAAAAUAUAAAGAAUAGUAAAGUGAUUCACUUAAGAAUGACGCGGGAACAGCUGCGACAUCCGUUGGAAGGAUUAAUGCGGUGCAACACAAAUAGCGCAUGCGGCGCGCUUCAUACAAAGCAAUUUGGUGACAACUCGUCCACAUGCACAACACGCCAUGUAAACCGCCGAGGGAACUCCAAACCAAUGCUACUAAUAACGAAACAAUACGCCGUGACGCGGCCGCUGAAGGACGCGCGCUAAUAAAUAGUGUAACAUUACAUGCAUAGUGCACACAGUUGCGUCACACGUCUCAUGGUAGUUACAUUGAAAAAUAUCAGAAAUAAACGCUAUUUGGAUAGCAGGUAAUGGCUCAUUUCAAUAUGAUUGGCAACGUGCAUGUGGGUCAAUGAAAUCAGAAUUCCAUUAUUACAAGUAAUUUGUGCCAUUACGGACUUCAUAGUUACUGGCGCAAAACAAAAACAUUUUUAAACACAUGUCACCUUGACGGGUGUGGAUACAGUGAAGAAAAUAUUAAAAACAUUCACGUCGAUUUUUGUUGUUCAUUAUAAUUUUAUAUAAAGCUGUUUUUAUCGUUGUCUUUUAUCUACGGUAUCAUUUAACAUGUAAUUUUUAUAUGCAUUUUAAACCCUCAAGUCAACGACUUGUGAUGGGGGGCACCUCUACUUCGUAACUGGUAUAUUUAAAUGUUGUGUAGUUUUGCUUUUGUAAAUUUAUUAUUUAGUGAAUUAAAAAAAAUAAUAAAUAAUUUAACGUUGCAGUCAAAAUGUCCCACUUAACACAAUUUAAAAACCUGAAUAAUGGAAAAUGACCCAAGCAAAAAAGAGUCGAAGGGGAAGAGGAUAUUCAAAAAGGCAAUACGGCGAAACAGUAAAUCUAAUAACAAUACCGGCCAAAAUUCUUCCCUGGAACAAGGCAUCAGUGUGUCGCGAUCAAAGAGCUUCGAAAAUAAACACAUGUCAAUCGACAUUAACGACAGCGCGCCGCUGCCGACGCCAGACGGAACGAAGGAGAAAAUUGACCAUGGUGCCACCGAGCAGAAGAUAAAAUUAGAUGACAAAACUCUAGAGCGCGGCUCGCCGGCCCAGGGCCGCGUCGACCAAGUGAAAGUGAAACGCGCAGCGCAAAUACAAAAGAACCGCGACCAGCCGCUCGCCGAAUCGCCCGCUUUUUCUAAAAAGACCGUCAAAUUGAACACGCCCACGGUCUCGAUUGCCGAGCAACCCUCCGAAACUGACAGAAGGAAAAACCUUAAACGGAAAUUGGAGGAAGAGAGCGGAGCGGGCACGAGCGGGGCGAGUACCGGCGCCUCCGACAACGACGCCGACGACAAAGAUCCCAGCAAGGACAAAAAGAAAAAGAACAGAUGUGCUGUUUGCCGCAAGAAGGUUGGACUUACAGGGUUCGAGUGUCGCUGCGGCGGGCUGUUCUGCGCCGUGCACCGGUACAGCGACAAGCACGAGUGUUCGUUCGACUACCGGGAGCUGGGCGCGCAGGAGAUCCGCCGCAACAACCCCGUCGUCGUCUCGCAGAAGAUCCACAAGAUAUGAGCCGAGCCCUACCGCCACCACCACAACACCAUACCCUUUAUGUUUACUAUAAAUAAAUAUUCGAUCGAGUUUGUGUUUCUUAUUUGCGUUCGGUGUCGCGCGGACUGGUGACGGCGCCGCUCUCCGGCCUCGUCCGUUUUCCAACUUGACUUAGAUUUAUUUUGUGAAUAGUGACUUACUGUAGUUUCGGAAAUGCAGACUCGAUCCGUCGUGUAAUUAGAUUUAUUUGUGGCGAAAGUUUUACUUUAAAUUUUUAUCAAAAAUUGUAGAUACGUUCGUUUUGGGUAGGAGUUCGGGUAUAUUUUUCGAGGUAAUGAGUAGAGUUUGAAUGAUGUCCGUUCACCUCCAUUGUAAAUAUUAGAUGUAAUUAAAUAUAGAAACAAAUCCUAUAUAUUGUAAAAAAUUAAAACUCCAAAAAAAGCUACAUUGUUAUGAUUCCGACGAAGAGCAUAGCGUGCUUAACACUACUGAAAUAACAAUCGUUAGCUGUGGCGGAGACGCGUGUGGGGGGUCGCGGGGGGUCGUGACGAGGCGGCCGGCGGCUGCACGUGUACAUAAGAGCGACGCGGCGCGCGGGCCCUCCGCCGAUUGACAUCAUCUUCAAAUGUUAGUGUAAUUACGGUUUGGGACGUCGUCGCUUUAUUCUGUCUAACAUUCGGCGUAAGUGGCAUAGUGUUAGCGAGAUUGUGGUGUGUAUCGGCAAGGAGCGAGCGGGACGGAGGCGCGUCGCCGGCGGGGCGGGAGGACCGCGGGCGUCACAGCCCUGCCCCUCCCGUCGACGUCCCGCUCCGGUCCCGCUCCGCUCUACGUGUGAAAAUUUUAAGUAAUCGUAUGGAUAGUUAUACAUAUUAUAAGUAGCCGACACUUUAUAUUAUUACACCUUAUAUAAGUAGAAAAGAAUUAUUUAGCUUUUUUCUUUUAAUCACAAUAUUAUUCAAAAUUGUAAGUUGUAUUAUGUAACGUUGUUCAUUUAGCGGUGAGUUGAAGCCCGACAGGAGUCUGUAGUCUGUCUGUACUGCUGCGAUGUUUCGCUUCGGUCGUCAGUCGUUGUCCACGUUAUCACGUUAGACUAACUGAUUGGUUUGGACUUAAUUAUUUAAUGACUUUUGUUGUAUAUUUUGUUAGGUCAUUGAUUAAUUUUGGUCUUUUGCUUGAACAUAAUCAGAUAAAGAUGAUGUUAAUAAUGAAUGAUUUUUCUUCUAUCUUGCUGUUUUAAUUUAGUUAUUCUUCUAUUAAAGUCAUUAAAUUUUCAGAAACAUA